AUGUCUUUCUUAAAUAGAAGUACUACUAGUACGACUUCUACAGCUUCAGCUGCUACAGGUCAAGAGUUGGCCAAUGAUAUCACUGUAAAUAAUGCCCCUGAGGAUUCAAUCAGUGAUUUAUCAUUCUCACCAACUCAAGAUUUGUUAGCAGCCGCUAGUUGGGAUAAGAAAGUUAGAAUCUAUGAAAUUGAUGCCAAUAGUGGACAAAAUCAAGGUAGAGCAUUAUAUGAACAUGAAGGGCCAGUAUUUUCAGCACAAUGGUCAUUGGAUGGACAAAGAGUUAUCAGUGGAGGGGCAGAUAAACAAGUUAAAAUCUUUGAUCUAGCGAGUCAACAACAACAACAAAUCGGUAUUCAUGAUGCACCUGUUAAGAGUGUUAGAUAUGUUGAAUGUGGACCCACCAACACCCAAGUAGUUGUAUCAGCCUCAUGGGACAAGACAUUGAAAUAUUGGGAUACUAGAAGUCCUCAACCAAUAUCUACCAUAACAUUACCUGAAAGAGCUUAUACUAUGGAUGCAUCACAAAAAUUAUUGGUUGUAGGAUGUGCUGAUAGACAUUUAGCCAUUAUAGAUUUAAACAAUCCUCAACAAAUCUUCAAAACAUCAAUAUCACCAUUAAAAUGGCAAACAAGAGUUGUUAGUUGUUAUCCUCAAGGUAAUGGAUUUGCUAUAGGGUCCAUUGAAGGAAGAUGUGCUUUCCAAUAUAUUGAUGAUAGUGAACAAAAUAAAUUUGGAUUUUCUUUCAGAUGUCAUCGUAAAACUCCAAAUAACACUACAUCAGCUUUAAGAUCAUCAUCAGAAUCUCAUAUUUAUGCUGUCAAUGAUAUUGUAUUCCAUCCAGUCUACGGAACUUUCAGUACAGCAGGAAGUGAUGGAACUUUCUGUUAUUGGGAUAAAGAUGCUAGACAAAGAUUAAAGAGUUUCCCCGAAUUAAAUUGUUCAAUUACUACUACAGCUUUUAAUAAAACCGGGAAUAUAUUUGCUUAUGCUUUAAGUUAUGACUGGGCUCAAGGUCAUCAAGGUAAUAGAAGUGAUUAUCCUACACAGAUCAAACUUCAUGCUACUAAUGAUAAUGAAAUUAAACAAAAGAAGAAGAGAUAA